AAAAAAAAUAAUAAAAAAACACGAAGAUUUUAUUAAAGAAAAAAAUAUUAGCACUCCGAAGUUAAUUAAAGAAUCACAUUAUCUGUUCACUUCGGUGUUGCCGAUGAUAUCUCCACCGUUGAAUUGUCCACCGAAAAAACGCGGUUUCAUUCAUCAUUUCAGCUUCGAAAAAAAAAAAAAGUCUUCUCUGAUGUCAUUCCCCGAUUUCUGAGUUCUGAAUUCGGUUCUUCUUUCAUCACCUCUCUAUCCUUCCUUCCGUAUUUAAUGCCCGUUUGCCACUUUUAUGUGCUAAAACAAAAUUCACCGAAUCUAACGUGUCCCAAUCACCAAAUUCUUCAUCCCUAUCUGAUCACAAAAAACCCGGGUGAGUUUUGUUGUCCCUUUUGAAAAAGAAUUAACAAAACCCAUAAAGGUUUUUGUUUUUCUUUUUCAUUUUGGUGGUGAUGGGAUGCGUUAGCAGUAAAAAUGCGAAUUCUAAAGCUAGCCGCGUUGCCCGGUGGCGUUCUACUGGCAUUGUUGCCUUAAGGGAUUCCAAAUUGAAGACAUUUCCAGAUGAAAUUCUUGACCUUGACAGGACCGUACGCACCCUUGAUUUAACGCACAAUAGAUUAGUUGAUAUUCCAGUGGCAGUCAGCAAAUUGAGCAAUUUGCAGCGCUUGAUCUUAGCAGAUAACCUUGUUGAGCGUUUACCAAGUACCCUUGGAAAGCUACAGUCCUUAAAACUUGCCACACUUGAUAGGAAUCGAAUUACCACCCUUCCCGACGAAUUGGGCCAGUUGGUGAAGCUUGAGCAGCUAUCAAUCUCAGUCAAUUUGUUAGUCAGCCUACCUGAAACAAUAGGUAGCUUGCGCCACUUGGUGCUUUUGAAUGUGUCAAGCAACCAGUUAACAUCUCUUCCAGAAUCAAUUGGGAGUUGCUUCUCGCUUGAAGAGCUCCAAGCGAACGAUAAUUCGAUUGAAGAACUGCCUGCAUCAAUUUGCAACCUGAUUCACCUCAAGUCACUUUGCGUUGAUAAUAACAAACUGAAUCAGGUAGAUAAUUUCUCAAACUUCAAUUAUGAUGAUAUGGGAUGUGUAUUUAUUUUCAUCUUGACUACUUGGCAUUUCUCAUUCUGCAGAUACCUACAAAUAUUUUAAGAGAAUGUAAAAGUCUACAGAAUAUUUCUCUCCAUAAUAAUCCAAUUUCAAUGGACCAGUUUCAACAGGUGAACUGUGUUAUGUUCUGCUUUCUAAGUAAUUUUUUACGCCAAAUAUUAGCUGUUUACUGACAAAACGGGAUAAUUUGUAGAUGGAUGGAUUUCAAGAAUUUGAAGCUCGAAGGAAAAAGAAAUUUGAUAAGCAAAUAGAUUCGAAUGUAAUGAUAGGCUCCAAAGGCCUUGACGAGGGCGUUGACCUUUAAUCUUGGGUGGUUGACAUCUGAUGAUUUGUGUUUGCUGUUAUUUUGUUAACCGGGUAUGGUUUCAUAUAAGUUUUUUUUUCAUACUUUCAUUCUUGUGUGUCUCUUGGAAGGUAAGACCAGUCUAUUUUAGUGUGCUGAGUUUUCGGCUCCCUCCCUUUUCUGUUAUCACAUUUGAAGACGGAGACUGGCUUUGUAAUUAGUUUGACUUUUCAUCAGCUCAUGUCAUCAUUGUGACAAAGAAAGAGGUGUCAAUGAAUACUAUGUUUGUUUGUUUGAAUAAAAAUGGAGAAUGGUCAAUUAGUCCACUUAUUCGAUCUUCUGGUAGGCUAAAGUUGUAGCUGUUUCACGCAAGGUUUGCUUUUUUCAUGGUUAUAGAAUAAUAUAAUAACCUUCAACGAUCUCACUGAAGCUAUGCUGCUCGACUUAAUUUACCAUUUCCUUUGAUCUAUCUGAUUCUUGUGUUCUUGCUGGUUUGUCUCUUCCCAUCCGUGGUUGUGAUGCGAAUUUCUAUCCUGCAGGUUGAGCAGUGCUACAUAUUGUGCAUAUGGCCUUCAAACUGGAGAAAGGAAACAAUCAUUCUUACCUUGUAACAUUUUGAUGGAUGAUAGCAUGCAAUGUGCGACACAAGUUAAAUCGCUCCACAUAAUUAAGUUUAGUUACCUGUAAAUUCCAGGAUCCUCCCAUUUUGUACUAUUGCGCUCAUGCUGUCUGUAUGUAACUAUUGAAACUUGCUUGCGUCUGUCACUAAGAUUUUCAGAGAGACAGAUUCUCUUAGGUGAUUGGUUGAGUAUCUGCUUCUAUCUCAAGUUCUUUCAACUCUUUCUACUCGGUCAUUACCACCAGAGCAUCAAAAGACUCAACACUUGAGGCUGUAACGGAAGUUAUAUUUACAUCAAUACAAUAUAAGGACGUUAUUCUUGGUUAACAUGCAUACAGCCUUCAAUUUCUGAUCAUUCAUUCCAUUGUUUGAAUUGGGGUACAUAUAAAACCGAUAUAUACAUGUGAAUUUGGAGGCAACUAGCUUGAAUUGGUUACUCUUGGAAG